CACUCUGGCCACAUAGCAGGAGACUAUGGGGUGUGGAUCGUCGCGGGACAUACCGCCGGCGAGCUCCAAAAGCCGGAACAGCCCACGGCCUGCGCGGCCGAGAACGCGGCGGUCGUCGUCGUCGUCGUCGUCGUCGUCGCACCGUGGCCGGCGCUCCGGCGAUGGCGGCCGGCGCUUGUCGCGGACCUCGUCGACGACAUCGAUCUCGUCAGGCCUGCCGGGUACAGACACCUCGUCCGACAACCUGUCGGCGUCGGACGAGGCUCUGCUCGAUCGCAUCGCCUCGCGCCACGACAUCGAUGUCGACGGCCUCUCGGCCAAGGAGCGCAAGGAGCUGCUCAACUGUACCUUCCGCCCGGCGACCAAUAAGCGCUCGGCGCGGCUUGCCGCCCGCGCCCGCGCCCGUACUGGUGGCCGUGGCAACAAGCCCAUUCACGACCGCCUUGCCCGCCGACCGCCCAAGCGCAUCGUCGUCACCUAUAGGCCUACCAAGGAUGAGGCCUUCCUCACCUACGUCAAGCCUGGCGAGCCCGGCGCCGAGCACUACGGCAUCUCGGUUGCCAAACGCAAGAUGAUUCGCUCGCACAACAACGAGCUGAAUGCGCUCUCGCAGCGCCUCAAGGACGGCACGUCUGGUACUGGGCCCUCGACCCGCUCCUCGUCGUACCGCCAGGUCAUCGACAAGAUCAACCAUCUUAACCGCACCAUCGGCAUCAUCACCGCCGCCCUCGAGCAGGCCGAACACAAGCUGUUUUACUCGUUCGAAGAGUGGUACGAGAAAGAGUACGCCCACUUGCCGCCGCCGCCGUCGCCGCGCUCCCACGCCGCCGCCUCGCGCAUCCAGGCGCUCUAUCGCGGCUACGCUGUUCGCAAGCGCCCGCCCACUCCAUACCACCUCCGCGCUUCGCCCGAGGCCCACGAAGCCGCUACCCGCAUCCAGGCAGUCUAUCGCGGCUACGCCGCCCGCCGCCGCCACUGCGUUGGUCCCGGCGGCUACCACUACGGCAACGACGAUCCCUACGGUGACUAUGAAGACGCCGGCUACUAUGAUGACGGACCUGGCCCGGGUGCCGACGGCUACUACGACACAGCUCUUUACCCAGACGGCGAUGACGAUGGCUACGGCGAGUAUGACGCUGCAGACGGCGGCAACGUUCCGCCGUACGACAUGGACUACGAGCCGUACCCGUACUCGGACGACGAGCGCUGACGCUCGCCCCGAGCCUCCGGGCCGCGCCUUAGAAAAUAUGCACGUUGAUGCCGGCAAGCGCCUCCUCGGCUGUGUCCUGCACCCGCGCCACAUCGUUUUGCGGCGAUGCCGUCGCUGGUUGCUGGUAAAACACUUGCGUGCCGGCCGUCUGCCGCGCGUAGAGCACUCCCAGCGAGUUGCCCAGCGCGAGAUGCGUCACCGCCCCGCCCGCAAAAACGUCGUGCGCCAUGCACGUCGCAAACACAAAGUUGGCGUCCAUCGACGAUUCGAC